AUGGAAGACAUCAAUAUCGAACAAAUAUCGGCGCCAGUGGUAGAGGCAUAUCCCGAGCGCGGCCUAAAAGCUCACAGCGUCACCCUCGGCGCUUGGCUUGCUCUGUUUCCAGCUUCGGGGCUACUCAACUCGGCCGGGAUAUUCCAAGCCUACCUAUUGGAAAACGAAUUGGCAGGCUACUCGGAAAGCAAAGUAGGCUGGAUUUUCAGCACGUUUGCGUUUUUGUUCUUUUUCGGUGGCCUCCAUGUCGGACCUAUCUUCGACAAACAUGGCUUGAAAAUACUGCUGCCCACAGGCGCAGUCGGCCUUGUUAUUUCUCUGGCGUGCACAAGUUUCUGCACAGAGUAUUACCAAUUUUUCCUGUCCUUCAGCAUCCUCGGCGGCAUCGCGUCGUCUAUUUUAUGGACGUCCAGUAUUGCCACUCUUGGACACUGGUUUCAACUCAACCGCGGCCUGGCGACUGGCCUCGCAACGACUGCUGGUGGGUUCGGCGGCGUCAUCUAUCCUUUGCUGUUCAACCGUCUCACGCCUCAAAUUGGCUUUGCCUGGUCAAUUCGUUGCUUCGCCCUGCUUUCUGCCUUUUGUUUCAUCCUCAGCUUGCUGCUACUAAAGACACGCCUCCCGCCAAACAAACAAGCACGCAUGCUCCUCGACUGGCGCGGCUUCAAAGAUUUACGCUUCAUUUUCACCAUGUCCGCAAUAUUCAUCCUCGACUGGGCCGUCCUUGUGCCACCUGCAUACAUCACGACUUACUCCACUUCGCAUGGCAUUGACAGCAUAUCUCCUCAUAUUCUGGCCAUUCUCAACGCCGCCUCAAUUUUAGGUCGAGGUAUCCCUGGUCCAGUCGCGGAUAGACUUGGCCGGUUCAACGUUAUGAUCCUGUGUUCAGCCAUGUGCACCAUUUCUAUUUUGGGUCUUUGGCUUAACGUUGGCUCGAGUGCUCUCGCGGCCGUCGCAUUCGCUGUCCUGUACGGCUUCUUCAGUGGCUCAGCGUACAGCCUAACGCCCGUGUGUGUGGCCCAGCUGUGCCGCAGGGAGAACUACGCGAGUCGCUAUGGGACCGCGUAUGGGGUUGUCAGUCUUGCGACGUUGGCCGGGAUACCCAUUUCCGGAAAUAUACUGAAUGCAGGAAAGGGCGAAAACUACCAAGCGUUAAUAUUGUUCUGUGGCGCAGCGUAUGCAGGAAGCACAGGGUUGUUCGUCGUUGCAAGAGGGGUUGGUGGAGGCUGGAGGUUGCGGACUAGGUUUUGAGUAGGCGCAGUGAAUUGAAAGGACCAGAUUAUUUAUCAUGGAUUUGGAUCUCAUCAAGAAGAGUAGUGU